AAUCAUCAAUCUAAUAUACAAACCCUUUUUAAUCUUCCUUCUCUUUGCGUAUGGAAUAGAACUGUCAUAUGUAUGAAAAGUCAGCGACUUUCUCUCUUUCUACUUUCAUCCAUUUCUUACAAACCCUAAAAAAUCUGUCAUUUUCACCACCCUCCAACACCUCAUCUCCACAUAUAAACCAACCCAUCAAGUUCAUCCUCAAAAUUCAGUUAUUGUUGGUGCAGAAAAAGUGAAAAAAUAUCCGGUAGUCAACCCAAGUCUUUCUUGAAGUUGUUCUUGAUCUUUAGACUAUGGAGAGCAAUUUUCAUGGUGAUUUAGCAGAUAUAUUCCGGCCAGGAAGCGUCAACUCGGGCGAUCCACCGGGUGUUUCGGAAUGGCAAUACUUUGAUCAAUCUGAUCAAGAAACACAAAUGAUCCAAAAGUCAACAAGAAACCAUGAUGUUAUUAUGGAUCAUCAUCAGGGUUUUGGUCAACCCUUUACUAGUCUUCUUGCAGAUCCACUCAUUCUUGAUCAACCAACAUCAUCAACUCCUCCAUGCUUCUUUGGAACAACAAGUUUGAAUGAAAAUCAUAAACAAUCUCCAGCAGCAGGAAGAAUACAAUUAGGGUUUGAUGAUAAUAAUAACAAUAAUAAUAAUCAUAAUCAUAAUAUGUUCUCAAAGAUGCUGCAGAUUUCAUCAAAGAGUGAAAUCAUCACAUCUUCUUCUAAUAAUUCUUCUUCUUCAUCUAAACGAAGUUUGCUGGAAGCUUCCACCACCUCCUUACAGAUCUCAUCACCGAGAAAUCCGGCCAUCAAGAGAAGGAAGAGUCAGGCAAAGAAAGUGGUGUGCAUACCGGCACCAACACCAGUAAAUAGUAGACCCACGGGUGAAGUAGUUCCGUCGGAUCUUUGGGCAUGGAGAAAAUAUGGUCAAAAGCCUAUCAAAGGUUCCCCUUAUCCAAGAGGGUACUACAGAUGUAGUAGUUCAAAGGGUUGUUCAGCAAGAAAACAAGUGGAAAGAAGCCGAACUGACCCCAACAUGUUGGUGAUCACCUACACUUCUGAACACAACCAUCCAUGGCCAACACAAAGAAAUGCCCUUGCUGGCUCCACUAGAGCCCCACAACCACCAAAGACCGCCACCGAAACCACAGAACAGCAACAACAGCAGCAACAGCAACAACCGCAAAAAGAAAGCAUAGAAGAUGAAGGAUCAGCCUUACUAGGAGGUGGUGGGAUCCAAGUGAAAGAUGAAUUACAAGUAUUGGAAGGAAGUUUUCCUCAAGGUUACCGGCCAGAGUUGCCCGGCUCUGGCGGUCAACCGGAUGAUUUUUUUUCGGGUUUAGGAGAGAUUGAAGUUGAUCCCAUAAGCAUGUUGUUGAACCAUGGUUUCUUGGGUGGUGGUGAUGAUGAUGAAGAAGCAGAAAAUUAUAACAAGGAUUUGGAUCCUUUCAGUUAAAAUUAGUUAUCCAACUAAAGAUUAAUUUGUCUAAAAGAAAUAUAAUUUAUUUGCUUGGUGUUUGUAUUAUCUGAGUAAAAUAUAUUUUUUAUUUUAUUUUAUUAAAUUGAUUGGCUGAUC